AGAAGCAACUUAAUCGAUUAACAAAUGCUGAUAUUCAAGAUACAUUUCGAAAUUUCAAAAACAAUCGAAUUGUUUCAUAUGUUGAUUAUUUUCAAAAAGCAAAUUUAUAUCAUUAUCAUAUUUAUUCAUAUCCAUAUAAAUGGACUUUCUAUGAUGAUAUAACAAAUAAUUUUCUUGGUGGUUUAUAUCGAUGUGUUAGAGAAAUAUCAUUAUUUGAUGAACAUCCAUUUGAACAUGAAUUUUUUUGUCGAAUUACUCAAUCAUUUCCAUGUCUGAAAAAAUUACGUUUAUAUAAUUGUGAGGCACAAGAGAAUGAUAAUUUACAAUCAUUAAUGUAG